AGAGGCUGAGGAUUGCGUUAGCGAUAAACCAGUUCACGCCGGAGCCCAGGGAAGGAAGCUUCUCUGUCGGAUCCGGCCGCUCUGCGGGACUCUGAGGAAAAACUCCCACCAGGUAGAGUGCGGCUGCCACCAUGGGUAAAGGAGACCCCAACAAGCCGAGGGGCAAAAUGUACUCGUACGCCUUCUUCGUGCAGACCUGCCGGGAAGAGCACAAGAAGAAACACCCGGACUCCUCCGUCAACUUCGCCGAAUUCUCCAAGAAAUGCUCGGAGAGAUGGAAGACCAUGUCUGCAAAGGAAAAGUCGAAGUUUGAAGAUAUGGCAAAAAGUGACAAAGCUCGCUAUGACAGGGAGAUGAAAAAUUACGUUCCUCCCAAAGGUGAUAAGAAAGGAAAGAAGAAAGAUCCCAAUGCUCCUAAGAGACCACCAUCUGUCUUCUUCCUGUUUUGCUCUGAACAUCGCCCAAAGAUCAAAAGUGAACACCCAGGCCUGUCCAUUGGGGAUACUGCAAAAAAACUGGGUGAAAUGUGGUCUGAGCAGUCAGCCAAAGAUAAACAGCCAUAUGAACAGAAAGCAGCUAAGCUAAAGGAGAAGUAUGAAAAGGAUAUUGCUGCAUACCGUGCUAAGGGCAAAAGUGAAGCAGGAAAGAAGGGUCCUGGCAGGCCAACAGGCUCAAAGAAGAAGAGUGAACCAGAAGAUGAAGAGGAAGAAGAGGAGGAAGAGGAGGAUGAAGAUGAUGAGGAAGAGGAGGAGGAUGAAGAAUAAAUGGCUGUCCUGUAAUGAUGUGUGUGGAGUGUGUGUGCGUGCUCAGGCAACUGUUUUGCUAAGAAUGUGAAUUCAAGUGCAGCUCAACAUUAGCUUCAGUAUAAAAACUGUACAGAUUUUUGUAUAGUUGAUAAGAUUCUUUGUAGAGAAAAUACUUUUUUAAAAAUGCAGAUUGUAGCUUUUUGAAGGGCUACUACAUACAGUUAGAUUUUAAAGCUUCUGAUGUUGAAUGUUCCUAAAUAUUUAAUGGUUUCUUUAAUUUCUUGUGUAUGGUAGCACAGCAAACUGGUAGGUAUUAGUAUCAGUAGUAAAUUUUGGGUUUUUUAGGAUGUUGCAUUUUGUGUUUUUUUUUAAAA